AUGCACAAAUCAGAAUUCUCACGCCAUCAGUUGCCCAAUUCGAAAACACCCACCCCCCGAAAAAGGCUCACUACAUGCAAGCACGACGUCAACAUCGAUGACGGAACCAUACGCGAGACCACCGCGAGGCCAGACGAGAGUAAUAUGAUCCUCUUCUCCAACUUCCAACUCAUUCCGUCUUCCGUCGCAUAUCCUUUCCGCUGCCCACUCUCCGAUCCUGGUGCUGCCAAGGUGCUGCCCUUUGCGAAUCCACCCAUGGCCUCCACGUUGUGUUUCACAUUCACCCAGCGCAAAUCACAUCGCCAGUGCUUACUCGUACGCGUUCAACAGCUGUUAAAACCGCGUUAG